CUGGGCUUUGGAAGCAGCAGAGUAUAAGCGCACUAGGAAAGGAUGUUGUGCGCGCGCUGGCAGACCUGUCUCUUGAUGGUUCUAGUGAAGAGGUAAAGUCGAAGCAGCUGGAAAUAUACCAUACUGCACGGAGGCACCAUCGGAGUUAUUUUCACUCAAAGACUGAGGAUAUACAGAAGCCUGGAUAUCUGUGGCGAACAAGGUGGACAUGUCAUCUCUGGCCAUCGCCUUCAUUCUCACGGUGCUCGACGUCCUCGGUGCUGCGCUGGCGGCCAGUCACUAUAACUGUGAUGGCCCUUUGGUAUCAAAUCUGCUUCAGGCCUCCUUUGAGAGGUCCUCACAGUUCUCCAUCAGUAACGCUCCACACUUCGCCAAGCUCAACAGAAGAGAUGGAGCGGGAGGCUGGUCCCCCAUGACAGACAGACAGCCGUGGCUGCAGCUGGACCUCAGGGACAGGAUGGAGGUGACGGCCAUCGCCACCCAGGGGCGCUACGGCGGCUCAGACUGGGUCAGCGGCUACCUGCUGCUGUUCAGUGACACAGGCCGAGCCUGGAAGCAGUACCGACAGGAGGACGGGGUGGGGAGGUUUGUGGGGAACGUGAACGCUGACGGUGUCGUCCACCACAAGUUGUCCCACUCUAUCAGAAGCCGCUUCCUGCGCUUCGUCCCCCUGGACUGGAACCCCAGUGGCUGGGUGGGUCUCAGAGUGGAGGUCUACGGCUGUGCCUACAAAUCGUAUGUGGCAGACUUUGAUGGAAGAAGCUCCCUGCUCUACCGGUUUAAUCAGAAGUCCAUGAGCACGGUGAAGGAUGUGAUCUCGCUACACUUCAAGAGCCACCAGGCUGAGGGGGUGCUGCUCCAUGGAGAGGGUCAGAGGGGCGACUACAUCACUCUGGAGCUGCACCGGGGCAGGUUGGCCCUCUACCUCAACCUGGAUGACACCAGGCUGCGGUUCAGCAGUGGUCGUGUUGCGGUCACUCUCAGCAGUCUUCUGGACGAUCAGCACUGGCACUCUGUCCUCAUCGAGCGCUUCAACAAGCAGGUCAACCUCACCGUGGACACCCACACACAGCACUUCAGGACCAAGGGGGAAGGAGACUCUCUGGAGGUGGACUAUGAGCUCAGUUUCGGGGGCAUCCCACUGCCAGGUAAGCCUGGUACCUUCCUGAGGAAGAACUUCCAUGGCUGCAUCGAGAACCUCUACUACAAUGGGAUCAACAUCAUCGACCUAGCCAAGCGACGCAAGCCUCAGAUCUACAGCGUGGGCAACGUGACCUUCUCGUGCUCUGAGCCCCAGCUGGUGUCCACUACCUUCCUGAGCUCCAGCAGCAGCUUCCUGUCGCUCCCAGCCAUGCCGUCUGCUUCGGGGGGCUUCACUGUGCGUUUCCAGUUCAGAACGUGGAACCCAGAUGGGCUACUGCUCUCCACCCGGCUGGCCCUGGAGCCCCAGCGACUGGAGCUGCACAUCAGCAACAGUCGGCUGCGCCUGACCCACCACAUGUCAGCCCAGCAGAAAGAAGAGGUCUCCACCGGUCACAGAGUGAAUGAUGGACUGUGGCACUCUGCGAGUCUCAGCUCCCGAGGUCUCCAGGUCACCAUGACUCUGGACAACGAGCCGUCCUCAACUAUCGAGCUGGGGGACCACAUAGAGGCAGGAGACAGCCUCUACUUUGGAGGCUGUCCCUCCUCGUCCCCGAGUGACUCAUGCUGUGAGAACUCAACGUUGGCAUUCCAGGGGUGCAUGCGUCUCUUCUCCAUCAACAGCCAGCCCAUGGACCUGAACCUGGUGCACCAAGGACGACUAGGAGACUACAAGGAGCUGCAGUUUGACACAUGUGGCAUCCAUGACAGAUGUCUGCCCAACUUCUGUGAACAUGGAGGGCAGUGUUCCCAGUCCUGGAGCAGCUUCUACUGCGACUGCUCUGGGACAGGAUACACCGGAGCCACCUGCCACAACUCCAUCUAUGAGGCAUCAUGUGAGGCCUACCGGCUGACUGGCAGCUCCUCAGGCUACUUCUCCAUUGAUCCAGAUGGCAGUGGUCCUCUGGCGCCCACACAGGUCUACUGCAACAUGACAGAGAACAAGGUGUGGACAGUAGUGACCCACAACAGCACAGAUCCAGUCAGGGUCCAGGGUUCUACACUACAGAAGCCCUACGUUAUGAAGUUUAACUACAGCGCCUCACCUGAACAACUGAUGUCCCUCGUGGCCAGGUCAGAGCAGUGUCAACAGGAAGUAGUAUACAGCUGCAGGAAGUCCCGCCUCUUCAACACGUGGGAUGGCAGCCCCUUGUCCUGGUGGGUCGACCAGGGUGGAGAGAGACGGACCUACUGGGGAGGCUUCCUGCCGGGGGUUCAGCAGUGCUCCUGCAGCAUGGAGGACAACUGCAUGGACAUGAACUACUUCUGCAACUGUGAUGCUGACACAGACUCAUGGGCUAAUGACACAGGAGUCCUUUCCUACAAAGAGCACUUACCAGUGAGUGAGAUCGUGAUUGGAGACACCAACAGAACCGGCUCUGAGGCGCUCUACAGAAUCGGCCCGCUGCGUUGUUAUGGCGACAAGUCUGUGUGGAAUGCAGCGUCCUUCUACCAGGAGUCAUCCUACCUGCACUUCCCCACCCUCCAGGCAGAGCUCAGCGCUGAUAUCUCCUUCUACUUCAAGACCAGCGCUCCCUCAGGAGUCUUCCUGGAGAACGUGGGCCUCAAGGACUUCAUCAGAGUGGAGCUCAGCUCUCCGUCCGUGGUGACGUUCUCCUUUGACGUGGAAAACGGGCCGGUGGUCCUGGCCAUUAAGUCCCACGUGCCCCUGAAUGACAGGCAGUGGCACUACGUGAGGGCGGAGCGCAGCGUGAAGGAGGCCUCUCUGCAGGUGGACCAGCUACCCCUGCGCUUCCUGGAAGCUCUGUCUGACCGACACCUCCGCCUCCGGCUCAACAGCCAGCUGUUUGUGGGGGGAACGGCGGCCAGGCAGAGGGGCUUCUUGGGCUGCAUCAGAACUCUGACUAUAAACGGUGUGACCUUUAACCUGGAGGAGCGGGCUAAGAUGACCCCAGGAGUGAGCGCUGGCUGCCCCGGCCACUGCAGCGGCUCCAGCAGUCUCUGCCACAACAGAGGGAGGUGCAUCGAGAAUAACACCGGCUACGUCUGUGACUGCUCCCAGUCUGCCUACGGGGGGCCCUCCUGCAAGGAAGAGGUGUCUGUGUCGUUUGACAGAGAGUCGUCGGUGACCUACACCUUCCAGGAGCCUUUCUCUGUGAUGCAGAACAGGAGCUUCCAGGCCUCCAGCGUCUACAGAGAGAACAGCAGGGCCAGAGAGAACAUGGCUUUCAUCUUCAUGACCACACAGAGCCCUGCCAUGCUGCUCACUGUCAGCACCUUCAGCCAGCAGUACAUAGCAGUCAUCCUGGCGCGCAACGGGAGUCUCCAGAUCUGGUACCAUCUCCAUGUGGACAGGAGGACAGAUGUGUUCAGCCCCAGACCCACAAGCCUGGCAGACGGACGCCUCCACCGUAUCAGAAUCCACCGUGAGGGAAAAGACGUCUACCUACAGAUCGACCAGGACAUCCACAGGAAGUACACCCUGUCAUCUGAUGCAGAGUUGAUCUUAAUCAGAUCCUUGACUUUGGGCAAAGUCAUCGGAGGUGAGAAUUUUGAUGAGGAAGUGAUGCAGGCAGGAUCGAUGGGCUUCAUUGGCUGCCUGUCAUCCGUCCAGUUCAAUCACGUGGCUCCACUGAAGGCAGCGCUACUGAACCGUGGCAGCUCAUUGGUCAGUGUACGGGGUCACCUGGUGGAGUCUAACUGUGGGGCGCUGGCUGACUCAACAACCUCACACCCACUCUCAGAUCAAGCUGCGAAACCAAACAAAGAUCGGGAGCAGCGUGGUAAUGACAGCCGGCGUGAAUCGGCAGUAAUAGGAGGUGUGGUGUCUGCAGUGGUCUUUAUCACUCUGUGUGUAGUGGCGGUGAUGAGUCAUUUCCUGUACCAGCACCGGCAGGCCCAGAGAGACGCCAGCAUCAAGGAGAAGGAGCACCGAACCAACCUGGAAACACCCUACCGGAGAGAAGCAGCCUACCAGACAGAACUAGCCUAUCGGACAGAGCUCCACCUCCAUGACAGUCAUAGCUCCACCCUCAGGAACAACAGGGAGUACUACAUCUGAACACAGUGUCCAGGCAAGCCUUCUAGCCAUCGUUGCUUACCUCUCUUCUGUUUUGUCUAGCUGUCUGCACGGGAUGAGGCAACCUUUUUCCUCCCUCCUCUGGGGUAGAAAUGAAGAAUUCCUUCUCCUUUAGGGAACUGUGGGAAUAUCCUGGUGGGGAAUUUCUUCCCAUUUCUGUGUAGAUACUCCGUAGGACAGGACUUGUAGCUGCAAAUAUGUUGACCGGUCGGCUCACGAAUGCUGGUGAUGGGACAGGAAAACAGUGCCGUAAUAGAUUGAGGCAUAUGGCUAUGGUGCAAUGGAUUUAUCCAAUGAAAGAAAUGCAAAUAGCCUGGAAAGGUUAGACUAGGCAAUGUUAUGGUAAAAGUAGGCAAUGUUAUGGGAAAAAGCUACAAUGGUGACUCAAUGGAUGUAUAUGGCCAAGAUUAAACUAUCCCACUGUCGCGUGGGGAAGAAAUCUCCUGACGCACAGAAUCUACACACAGAUGCAAUGAAUCUAUUUCAAAUACUUAAGAAAAGGGCAAGGUGUUCAACAGGUUUCACAUCUGUGCCAUUGAUGUAAUACAGAGGGUCAAUACAGAGUGGCUUGCCUUCAGAGGGCAGGGAGACUAUUCAGCCACCAUUUUGAUGGUAAUUACAGUACCGCAAUGCAGUGCGCUGGGGAUGGUUGAAAAGGCUCAAUGCAAAGGCCAUCUUAGAUAACAUAAUAUUAAAUAACACGUUAGAGUAAGACAAGUAUUGUUUAAUUAAGAUGAAAUUUACUAAAUCUACAACAACAACAAAAAAUAUGAAUCCCUAAAUAAAGCCAUUUAAAAAUGACAUCAAUACAAGAGACAGGUGCCUGGACCGGUUUCCUACAUUAUUCUUUGAAAGUUUGAUUGAAUAUCAUUGUUCUUUUCUGCCCAAUGUUCUUGAGGUUUCUAAGCAGUAGGCUAGGCUACUUUGUAUUGCUGCAAGGAAGGGAAUGUAAAACGAACCCAGCUAACUGGAACAUCUGCUACCUGUCCCCUAGCAAGAGAACCAACCCAUCACAUCCCACUCAAGUGGCUGCCGGCCAAGGUGUUAGAAGAGUCUUCAAAGAGCUGCCAUAUACAAAGCUUUAGUUGUUCUUCAUGUUCUCCUGAGCUCUUUAUAUUUUCUUUGUAUUUUUCAUUGUUUCGUUUUGAUUGUUUCCAUUUGUUCUGUCACACCUUUGAUCCUGGUCAUGCAUUUGUGACAAUUUUUAUAUCUUAUUUUUUAUUUGAAGUUUUUAAUUCAUUGCUUAAGUACUGAUUGUCAACAGUAUCCCUGUGUUAGAUCUACAUUAUAAGGUGAUUAGUAUUUACUGGAUGAUGGAUGUUAAUGCUUAGCUUAGUUUUAUUUUCCUCCUACAAUUAAGUGGGAAAGGAUCAUCAGCACUAAGUGCAAAAUAACCCAGUUUGACAGUUUAUAAACAACAAAAUCAGAGAAUGAAAAUGCAUACGCUAAACUCUUUCAUGAGCAACAAGUCAUACACACCCACCAUCACAAAAUAAUAAGAUUGGCAGAAGUAUUGCCUGAAAACAUUUUUCUUUCAAAUUAAAGUGUCCUUGACAGCAAGUUAUAAUUAACCUCUGAGACUCCUAUUUGUACUUGUUGAUAUUGUGAUUACUUUGAGUGCCAAUUUUGUAUGGCUAUAAUUGUACAGGUAUAUUAUGAAUAUAUGUUUAAUAAAACCAAACAUUCUUUUUUGAAAAAUAA